GCAAAGGGGAGGCGGCGAAGGGGAGGCGGUGUCCUCGCGGACCCGCCCCGGCCGCCCUCCCCUGCUGCGUCCCCGGCCUGAGCCGUCCCCCUUUCCUCUCCCCCGGCCGCGGUCGGUCGUGGGAACCCGGCUCGGGAACGCGCCUGUCCGCCCGUCCGCCCAGCCGCUGCGGCCCGGGAGCCGCUUUGUCCCUUCCUCCGGCCGCGACCCUGCCCUUCGGGCGUGACAGCCGGGCGAGCGCGGCCUCGGGCUCGGUCCCCGCUGCAGCCGCGCGCGCACUUCUCUGCUUUUGACAGCUCAGUUGUGUUCCACUUUGGGAAAAAGAGGAAGUCAAUGCCCCUUUAAACUCCCUCUUCAAACUCGUCUCCAGGGUGACCGACUUCAUAUAAGACUGGAUGCAACCUUGCUGAAAAUGAAGAACAUAUAGUAGAGACAUUUUUUCCUUUUUCCGUUCAUGUCUUUGCUUUUCAGUCAAGCCUGUUUGCUUCAUCAGAAAUGUUCUUUGCAAUCUCAAGAAAGAAUAUGUCCCAGAAAUUGAGUUUACUGCUGCUUGUAUUCGGACUCAUUUGGGGACUGAUGUUGCUGCACUAUACUUUUCAACAGCCAAGACAUCAAAGCAGUGUUAAGUUACGGGAACAAAUACUGGAGUUAAGUAAAAGAUACGUUAAAGCUCUAGCAGAGGAAAAUAAGAACAUGGUAGAUGUGGAGAACGGUGCUUCUAUGGCAGGAUAUGCGGAUCUAAAAAGAACAAUUGCUGUCCUCUUGGAUGACAUUUUGCAGCGCCUGGUAAAACUGGAGAACAAAGUGGACUACAUUGUUGUGAAUGGCUCAGCGGCCAACACUACCAAUGGCACUGGUGGGAAUUUGGUGUCAGUAACCGCAAAUAAGAGGAUCAAUGCGUCCGGCAGCGUCAGAUAGCAGUGAGGGAGCCCUGGGCCGCUGCAUCCACUAUGGAGGUUUCCUGUCACAGGAAGUUAUUUUAAUUGCUGGCUAGGACAGUAAUACUUUACAAAAAAGCUGUUCACAUUUUCAAGGAGUUUGCUGGAUUCAUGGAACAAAUUCUGUAUAUAAAAUUUUAAAUGAUACUAGAUGUUUUCAGACAGGUCUCAGUUAUACUCUAUCCUUAAAGGGAAUUUGGUAACACUGUUGAUACAAUAAACAGGUAGGUGAUCUUUGUGUAAAUCUUUCCUGUUUGAGAUCAAGUUGAAACAUAAACACUAAAAGACAUGGAUUUAUUUCCAUAAAAUAUUAUUUAAGUAUAUAACAUGUUUUUAGGUCAGUGGAGAAUAUUGUUAUUGAAUCAUCCUGUCAUUUGUUCUCAGUAGUUGUAACUGUUGACUAAGGCUAUUAAGAAGUGUGCUUCCUUCCACUAGUAUAUUUUGUUACUCAGAUUACAAGCAGAGAAAGGAAGGAGAAUGAUGAAAGUAAUAUUUUGAAAUCAUGACCCAAAGAAUGUCUUCAUUUGCACUAUCCUUCAAAAUAACUGAAGGUUAAUUGUAUAUUUUUUAAAAUCACAUUUGUAAGAGUAUAAUCUUGAAAUGGGUAGCAGUCACUGUCCAUAACCUAUCCUAAAUGUUGGUAGCAAUUCAAUAACAACAUUAAAAUAAUAUGUCUAAUCUCAUACUUAAAAAUUUCUUACAUAUAUUCUGAAGAAUAAAAGAUAUUUUUAUGAUGAAAUAAAGAUGACUUAAGUAUUCAUGAUUUUUCACAUACAUGAAUGUUGAUUUAAAAGUUUAAUCCCAUUGUCGUGUGCCUGUAGUCCCAGCUACUUGGGAGGCUGAGGCAGGAGCAUUGAAAGUCCAAGGCCAGCCUGGUCUAUAUAGGAAGACCCUGUCAAAAACAGGAAAAGCUUGACCCCUUGUGUAUGCCAUCAGGAAAGCACAUUAUUUCCUUGUUUUGGUAAUUUUUGCUUUUGUUGUGUGGGUGGGGGAGGAGGGGAACUCUUGAGGACUUUAGCCGGAUGUAUAUAAUAAAGGUAAUUGUGCUACAUAAAAUUGCUUGGAAAAUGUUACUGUUACUUUAUGUUAUAUAAGAGUAUCAUGCUUUAUGCAACUUUGGAUUAGAUACCCUUUUUAUAUGUUGACCACUUAAAAUAUCCAAGAACAUUUCAAAUAUAAUUUAUGAAGAUAGACUAUCUUUUCAGGAAAAGAGCUACUGUAUACAGCACAAGAAAUCUUAAUCUUGGGUAAUUCUAGUAUAAAGUACACCUUUAUUUAAAUUUCCGUUGUAGCAAAUCUAAUUGCUAUA